AUGAACACGUCAAUGAGUAGACCAAAGUUUAUCAGCUUAGAAGAAGGAUGCGAUUAUUUGCACAAGGGUAUCACCAAGCUCCUCAACAUUCUUGAAGGUUUUCCUGAACCUAAUUUCACUCCUGAGCACCACAUCAUGCUAUAUACAACUGUCUACAAUAUGUGCCACCAAAAGGCACCUCAGGACUAUGCCCGAAAACUAUAUGACAUGUACAAGAAAACGUGCGAAGAAUACAUCAUAUCAAAAGUUCUUCCAUCUAUGCGAGAAACAAAAGAUGAACUUUUGUUGAGGGAACUGCUCAGAAGAUGGUCAAAUUACAUAGCUAUGACCAGGCGCCUCUCAAAAUUUUUCUGCCCACUUGAAAAAUGUGAUAUUCCAAGAUUAAAACUUCCUUCUCUUGAAGAAACAAGCUUCUUAUCCUUUUACCACAUGGUAUACGAAGAGAUGAAUAAAGAAAUAAUGGAUGCUGUAUUUGCUAUGGUUGAUCGGGAACGGGCAGGAGAGCGUAUUGAUCAAACAUUUGCUCUUAACACAUUGGAUUUAUACUUAGAGUUGAAGGAAUGUACAAGAAAAAUCAAGGAAAAGGAAGAGAAAAUGAAUCGCAGUCCAGAUGUUUUAUCGAAGAAAAUCAACUUGGUAAGCUCUGACGGGGUUGUGUUUGAAGUUGAUUUUGGUUUGGCACUUAUGUCAAAAAGAUUCAAGGAAACUAUCGAUACCAUUCCUAUUGGUGACGUUGAUACCAUUUCUGUUCAUGAAGUGAGUAGCAAGAUGUUGAUAAAGGUUGUUGAAUACUGCAAGAAGCACAACAUCAGACAGAAGCGUGUGAAUAAUCUCAAGGACUGGGAAGCUAAAUUUAUCGAUGUGGACACUAAAACUCUGCUUGAUCUUCAAACAUAUGCAAGCUACUUAAAAAUUGAUAGUCUGCAGAUGCUGGCAUGGAAUAAAGAAUAUGGUUUGAUAAAAGGCAUGACACGAGAAGAAAUGGCCGAGUUCUAUGCAGCUCAAGAAGACUCGAACUCCUGUUAUUAG